GGCCAUUGGAUAAGUCAAAAAGUAAACUCAUAAAAACAUGCAGCGAACAUUAUUUUUUUCUAUGUUGCUUCUUUCAGCAAAUUGUAGCAAAAAAUGCAAUUCCAGAAAGUACGAUCAAGAUAGCAUCGUUUGCGUCUGUAAUGCAGAUUAUUGCGAUACCAUCGACCCUUUGGAGCCUUUACCGAAAGGUGAAUAUGCUGUGUAUACUUCGGAUAAAAAUGGGAUGAGAUUCGAGAAGGUUUCCAAUAGAUUCACGAGUUUGACCAAUCAGAAAACGGUGAAAAUCAAUAGGAAUAAUCGUUACCAAGAGAUUAUCGGUUUCGGAGGAGCGUUCACAGAUGCAACCGGCAUAAAUAUCAAUUCGUUAAACGCAAAAGCCGGAACAAAUUUGUUAAAAUCAUAUUUCUCCAAAGAGGGAAUUGAAUAUAACAUGGGUCGUGUUCCCAUUGGUGGGACCGACUUUUCAACGCACGGAUAUUCGUAUAUGGAUGAUAACGAAAGCAUUGAAACGCACUUUACCGUCCGCAAUUUCACUUUGGCCAAAGAAGAUUUCAACUAUAAAAUACCGUUAAUUAAAGAGUCCGAGUUAAUUCUUGGACGAAAAUUGAAGUUGUUCGCUUCUGCGUGGACCUCACCGAAGGCGUGGAAAACCAACGGGAAAUAUUAUGGACUCGGUUAUUUGCGUAAGACGAAUUUCCAAGAUUGGGCCGAUUUUUUGGGGCAUCUCCACAGGGAAUGAACCUUUGAACUAUUUGUUACCGUUCAUUAAAAUCCCGACGGUUCCAUUCUUCUGGAACAAUCAAGUUGAAUGGAUCAACGAACACAUGGGUCCCACGUUGAGAAAAUCAAAGUUCUCGGAAACGAAAUUGAUUGGUUUGGAUGAUCAAAGGACUUUUGUUCCUCUCUUAGAAUUACAAUUAUUGAAUAACGUGACGAGAGGAUUCAUAGAUGGUGUAGGUGUACAUUGGUACAUGGAUAAGUAUAUACCUAAUAGCGUUAUUUCAAAUUUCCACAGGAAAUACCCUGAAAAGUUCAUGUUUGCUUCAGAGGCUUGCAUUUCAUCUGAGCCUGUUGUUCUUGGUUCUUGGGACAGAGCUGAACGAUACGCAGAUAACAUCAUAGACGAUUUGCUCAACUUCAUGGGUGGUUGGGUGGACUGGAACAUGGUUUUAAAUGUGAAAGGAGGUCCGACUUACAUCAAUAAUUUCGUAGAUUCUCCGAUCCUCGUAGACUCUUCUGCAGGAGAAUUCUACAAGCAACCCACAUUCUAUGCGAUUGGUCAUUUCUCCAAAUUCUUGCCCGAAAGAUCCAUACACAUCGACGUCGAAAAACAGCGAGGAUUGAAAAUCGUCGCAUUCGAAAGACCCGAUAACGGCACGGCGAUCAUCAUUUUAAAUAAGAAAAUCAAAAGCAGAGCGUUGAAACUGGCCGACCCAGAUCGAGGAGAAAUCAUCCUAAAUGUAGCUCCAAAAUCAGUAUCAACCAUAGUUUAUUGGUAAAGAUCAACAAUAUUAAACCCUUUAUUUUUAUUAACAAUUUCGUUUGUACAAUCCCGUUUAUCAUUUAUAAUCCCAAAACGAAGAAUCAAU